AUGACCUGCUUGCCGCCCGUCCGAAGAUUCGAGGAUGGCUCAUCAAUGCCCGAGUUUGGCAAGAGCGACGUUGUUGGCGAUCAACAGCUUCGAGGCAAUACCAUGCACAACCCGUGCAGUCAGUACGAUGGCGCCGUGUCAUCUCUCUCGUCUUCUUUUAACGGGCUGACGUUACGCGAACAGCAUGGCAGAAACUCGACCAAAUCCGAGGACGCCGCGUCGCUUUGCCUGAUCUCGACCCUGACCGAUCCUGUGCAGCCGGCACCCUUGCUCAUCCCUUUGCAGCCCACCGGAGCUGGAGUUGCCCUCACUUCUGUGGUGGAGACGUUGUCUUCGAAGGGAUCAAAAGCAGCGGCCGAGGAUCCGGAAACUCUCGCUGCCGCUUACAAGCUCCAUCAGUGGGGGAUCGGUAUCGGUCCCGGCAUCAACCCCAAAGUCGUUUCCAGUCGCAACGGCACAAAUGGCCGCGGACGCAGUACCGGAAGUGAGCCUCCGAUCAUCAACACGGGCAACUCGGGUCCAAUGUGUGUCCAGGCAGGCGACUGGAUCUGCACCAGCUGUGGCUUUGUGAACUGGAGGCGACGUGAUGUUUGCAUAUGCUGCUUUCCCCAUGCGGGCGGCAACAAGAUCAGUCGUAGCAUUCAGGGAGGUGAAAUUCUUGCCAAGAGGCUCGCGGCAGGCCUGGAUACCGACACGGAUGAGUACAGGCGUUCCGUACAAGCCCUCUGCUCGGACAAAGCCAGGCGUGGUUUUGACACGUACAUUCAACCAUCAGUCGUGCACGAGCUUCCUCGCAACCCCCUGCAGACUUGUGCUGGAGGAAGCCCUCCGAUGCGAGCCUCUGCCAGCAUCUCACAAAGCGAUGAGUCUAAUAUCCACGCUUCCAAUGUGCUCGGCAUCCACAUGGGUUCGAACAUGCAGUCGCCAUGGCGCCAAAGCAUGGGUCGUCCCGCAAAUUUGCCUGACUAUUUCACGGCCGGGCACAACCAUCUUCAGCAGCACAACAUGCACGGCCAAAGACAGUCUCAGCCCCCAACUCCGAUGCAGCAUCCGCAACACCAACUGCUUCUACAGCAUCAAAGACAGCAGCAGCAGCAACAACAACAACACUUUGGCGUCGACUACAACCACAGCCCUUACAAGACGUAUUCUCCGCAGAUGAUGUCGUGGAUGACCAAGCCCGGCACGACGUCGGACUCAGUCGACUACGAGUGUCCCGGUCUCACGCAACAAUCUUCAGACUCUUCAGCACACUCGACUCAGUUCAUGAUGGAUGCGCCUAGCGGCAGGAUCAGUCUGUCCUGCUCGAGGGCCCAGACGGGUGCCCCGGAGCUGUUCCAACAACAUCAACAGCAGCAGCAACAGCAGACGGUCUGUCGAGUCCCGUCUCAACAGCAUAACCUUCCCAACCGCUCUCAGACCACAGGUUGGUCUCACUGCCAACACACUUCCCAUGAGGCCUCAUCGGGGCUGCCGAGGGACAUCUGGGCUCCGGCACCCAAGCGACCGACACUGGUGCCUGUCGAUCCAGAAGACGUUUCGAAGGAGAAACGAGCCAAGCCGCAGCCCAUCGGCACUCGAACUGGUGGUUGUGGCGGAGGUGGUGGCAGUGCUGCAGGCAGCUCAAUUCAUGGUGGAAAACACAAUAUUACGGAACUUGAUGGACGAAAGGACGACAAGAACAGAAUCACCGUCAAUAACGAUGAUAACAAAGAUCAACAACUGACGUAA